AAAUGUAUGACAUAAAUAGGAGUGCAGGCGGGAGGGAAAGAUAAAAAUAAGCCAGUCUGUUAAUGAGGUGGCUUGUUAUGUGUUGGGAAUAUAUGUUUUUAAUCAGGCUGAAUGUGUUUCAGAGACCGAGGAUGUCUUUAUGACACACAGAUUUAACAGGCUUACUCAAACUGUGCCAAGAAAAUUGUGUGUGUUAUAUUGACUGAUGCCACACAAAAACAAAAGUGUAAUAAUCUAAAACAACUAUAAUAACAGCAAGAACUACAAAAGGACAAUAACUAGAUAGAGAAGAAAGCGAGAAGGAGAACUACAAGAGAAAGAAGUAAAAGAAGAAGAGAAAGAAGUACAAGAUAAAGUAGAAGAGGAACUGUAAGAACCACAAGAAGAAGUAAAAGAAGAAGAGGAAGAAGCAGAAGAUGAAAUAGUAGAAGAACAAGAACUGUAAAAAAAAAGUACAAGAAAAAGAAGAAAAAGGAACUACGAUAAUAAGAACAAUGACAAAAGGCAGAAGAGCUAGAAGACGAAUAUCUAGUACAUUAAAAACUACAAAAGAAGAAGAAGAAUUACAAGCCGAAGAGUAAGAACUACAUGAAGACAAAGUACAAAGGAAGACUGACAAUAAUAAAAGAAAAAAUUGCAAGAUGAAGUACAAGAAGAAGAAAAGCAAGAGCUACAAGAAAUAGAAAAAUGACCAGAAGAAGAGGAGGAAGUACUACAAAUAGAGCAAGAAAAAACUGCCUGUACCAAGAAAUAAAAGAAUAAGAACUGUAACACAGAGUACAAGAACAAGAAGCAGAACAAAAAGAGCUACAAGAAGAAGAAUGAAAAGUGGAAAAUGAACAAGAGUAGGAAGAGGAUGAAGUACAAAAAAGGAGAAGAAAUAAAGGAAGAAAAACUACAAAAAGAAGAUUAUGUACAAGAAGCAGAAGGAAGAGGAGAACAACAAGAAGAACUACAUAAAAAAAAGCUACAAUAAUACUGCACUACAAUACUGAGGCACUUCUACGUGAUUUGUUAUUUUAUUUCUAUUUAACCUUUAUUUAACCAGGUCGGUCAACUGACAAUCAGUUCUCAUUUACAACUUGGCCAAGAGGCAGCAUGAAAGCUAGAUACAAAACAGUGAGGACAUAAAGAGAAAGAAAAACAAAAACAGCUCCAAAAACAACAACAAAAAAUAGACAAUACAAUUAUAAAUGGUGACACAUAACAGGUAAAUGUCUAGAAGCAAGUACAAUGGUUUUGUACUAUUGGUUGAACUGAAUUUCUAAAUGAGGAGAGGGGAAUGAAUGAGCUAAGCUUUAAGGUCUGCAGUAGAAAACUGAAAAGAGGAGGGACCAAAGGAAGCAUGGGCUUUGGGUGGAGUAUAUGAAGCUACUAGAGCGCAGACUGUGAUUUGUGUUGUGAAUAUUAAGAAGGGCAUACAGAUAGGACGGAGUUUCGCACAAUGAGAGUUUUGUAAAUGAACAGAAACCGGUGAGUUUGUCUGCCAGAGUGGAGUGAAGGCCAGUUCAACAGAGAAUACAAACAGCAGUGAUCGGAUAAAUCCUGAUAAGUCCGCAGCGGUCGAUUUGUAGUAGGAUCAAAAUCAUGUGAUCAGCAACAGGCAGCUGAUGUUGUCAGGGCCCCUGCCUGGCCCCCAUUUCUGUGGGCUCACUCCCUUCACCGCUCUGCUCAUCCUCCUGUCUGUGCCGCUCUCCCGCAGCUGCAACUACUAAGCAAUCAAAUCACCAGGAACUCCAUUCAGCUGUGGAUAGGCACACCUGACACAUCAUCAGCUCUGCAAUAAAAUCAGUCCUACCAACCACAGCGCUACAGUCCUCCAGAUAAAAGACAUGGACCCCCAGUUGGUUUCUGACCCAUCCGCUUGCUGGGAACCUGGACCCCUCCUUCCCAGGAGGACCUGGACCCCCUGACUGCUCCACUUGACCUGGUUGCUUGCUGGAUCCCUGGCUGGAUCCCUGGUUCUCCACUCUGGCCGCUCUCCUCACUCUCCACUGAUUGCCGUCAAUGCCAACGUAUGCCUCCCUGACUGCCGAUCCCCAGGAGCCUGAUUAGGACAGAUGAACAUGCUGUGUUUACACCAGUUCGAAUGCCAGUGUCCCCGUGAAUCACUUCGACACAGCAGGCAAGUGCGAGGAUGUAUGGGAGGGGAUCUGGGAGUGGUGAUGCAUAUGUGUGUAUGUUGUUAUAUAACGUUAUAUGUUUUAUGUUUUGGGGCAAGUGGAUGGGUCACAACUGUGGCGUCGCACAAACACACACACACACAGGUUUGAGUGUGAGUACCAGUACAAAGACAUUAUUGAAAACAGGAUGAAUGCAUCCAAAGUGUCAGUCAGAUACUUGAUAAGUACUAAAUCACACACACACAAGGUUUGGAAAAUGUCACUGUUAGCGACAAUAUGCAUUUUAAGACCAAAAUCCUUUAGAAACAGAGUUAAAAUGAAAUCAAAUUGGGGACUGUGGUCUUGGUCCUCAAAGGCAACAGCGUCCCCUUUUUACCAGUAUGCGUGCUGAUUAAAGUCCCCAAUUUCUUUUACUUAAGUACAAACACAUACACACACACACAAUCUCACUGAAGAUGGAGACUUGUUGGCGAGCAGGCUGCCGCCCUCUGUUGCCCUGCGGCCAAGAAUAUUGUGAAUGCAUUACAUGUGAACACACACACGACCUUAUCAGUAUCGCGGACCCCGCAGAGGUUACUAAUGAGCUGUUUGCAUCCAAGCGUGAUUCCAAACACGCAACUUCUGUAAGCAGGCGCUCACAGCUUGGAGUUACAGAUGACCUUCCAAGGAGCAGGUUUUGGGUGAGUGUGUGUCCACUUGGGAACAGAUGAUGUGCAUCAUUGUGGACCUGGUCUUGACCCGUGACAUGAACAGAGGACUCAUUAGUGAGUAAACCCAGCCCACCCCUGCCCUGACACCAAUUAUUUCACAUGCACAAGUUCUCCAUGUCCCAUUCCAUCCCACAUCUCGCCCGCACACUGCACCACACAUUCUCCAACAAAUCGUUAUUUGCAUAUAGCUCAAUUGGCUCGAAGCUGUGACUUAUUGAGACCGAUAGACAGUCGUGUCUUUCACUGAUACUACCAGCAUCACUGGUGUUUGACCCUAUCUUCAUUCACAUCUACACAAUAAGAAAGGCCACUUCUGUCCAUUAGAGUAUCAAAAACAUCAUGUUGGAUGGUAUUGGUUUAAUAAUAUGGCACUACAGAGAGGAUUUGUUUGGUGAGAAAUGUAACUCGAUGUGUUGUAUGUCAGUAGUAUAUCACCUCUCUUCUUCGCACAAGUGUAACCAGUCCAUAUGCUGCCUUAGAUCAUUUCGCUCCACCACUGGGUUUCUCUUUCAUGUUCAUCUGCUGUUCUGAAUUGUAGGCGGCUCUCGGCUUCUUUCCAAACUGGCCUACACUGAAAAAGAAGAAUGGUAUUUCGACUUUAAUGCCAAAUGAGCUUUCCCACCUCCUGUCCUCCUCCAAUCCCCAUGUGAGCACAUGUGCCAUGGUGGAACCACACUAACACAAACCCUUUUUGAAGGCAGUAGUCAUGCAAAAAAAACAUGUUUCCGUUAGUUUGGUGUCACCACAAAACCUCCAUCCCACCUCCAUGUUUCAUCAACAGUAUCCCUCCCACACCGUAAUUUGUCUUAAAUGAUUAAUAGAUGAGUUACUGCAAGGUCUUAAAACAAUGGCAAAAUAAAAUAUGCUUUCCUCAUGUUCAUAAAAAUGUUAAACAUUUACAAAAAUGUAAUAGACUGUGCCUCUUGGUGCUUUUAAUGAGCACAGCAUAAUAGGAAAUUUAGAAGUAAUCAUCUUUUUGACAGACAGUGGUGCGUAACCACCUUGAAGACAAUGACAAAACCAGCCUUGUCGCUUCCUUUCUUGUCUCUUCCUCCGGUGGCUCUCACUCCUCCUCCCGGGCUGACGUAGAGAGGAUCCUCCGCUGCCCACAGUAGUGGGCGAAGACCGGCCGCGGGUAUAAACAGCUUCCCGGGACUCCAGAACGUCACUGCCUGAAGCCGCAGCGACUCGGUCACCAGAGCUGAACCUCAGCAGAGAUAGCAGCAAGCAGGCACUUCCACGCCGCGCAGGCUAACUCGCUUUCGGCUUUGGUUCGAGAUGGAGACUCGUUGGUCCAUGAGGGGCUCCAGUGCCCGCAACUUUAAGAGUGGACUAUCCCUCUGGCUGAUUCUGUGGCUGGUGGUGGUGAAGCCGGGCGGGGUGGCUCCAUGCCCUAGGCUGUGUGUGUGUUACCCUACGCCCAUGACGGUCAGCUGCCAGUCGCAGAACCUCACCAUAGUCCCGGCCGGUGUGCCCUAUGACUCGCAACGUGUUUUCCUGCAGAACAACCGCAUCACAGAGCUUCGCGCAGAUUCUUUUGGCUUCGAGACACAGGUGCUUUGGCUAUAUGGCAACAACAUUACAUGGAUUGAGGCUGGAGCCUUCAGUAACCUUAGGGUGCUGGAGGAGCUUGAUCUGGGCGACAACCCCUCGCUGCGGCGCCUGGAAGGUGGUGCCUUCAGGGGCUUGGAGAAGCUGCAGAGCCUGCACAUGCAUCGCUGCAAGCUGGCUGCUCUCCCCCAUGACCUCUUCCACAAGCUGUACAGCCUGCAAUUUCUCUACCUGCAGGAAAAUCAACUGCACUUCCUGCAGGAUGACUUGUUUUCAGAUCUGGUCAACCUCACACAUCUCUUCCUGCAUGGAAACCGUAUCCGUGCCCUCUCUGAGAAUGUGUUCAGAGGCCUGGUCAACCUGGACCGCCUCCUUCUCCAUGACAACCGCAUCAGGCAGGUGAACCGCCGGGCUUUUCGUGACCUUGGCCGCCUGACCAUCCUUUAUCUGUUCAACAACUCCCUAGCUGAGCUGCCAGGCCAGGCCAUGAAAGAUGCCCAGGGCAUCCAGUUCCUCCGCCUCAAUGGUAACCCCUGGUCCUGUGGCUGUGAGGCCCUUCCCCUCUGGGAAUGGUUCCGCAAGGCCCGCAUCUCAUCUUCUGAGCUCAUGUGCUCCUCCCCAUCCCAGCGUCGUGGCCAGGACCUCAGAUUCCUCCGGGAACUGGACUUUGCUCUCUGCCCUAUGCCUGACCCUGGAUCCCUGGCUGGAACCACCACAACCACCUUUAGCACGAAAACCCGCUGGUGGUUCUCCAAGCAUAAGCCUGCAUCUUCCUCCAAGGCCUCGUACCAGAAGAGCUCAGAGACAGUGAAGGCCUUCCCCUUCUCUCCUGUCAAGCCUCAGUACAUCCCCAAAACCCCCGUUGAAACCAUCCCCGCCAAGUACGAAUUGUCAGCAGACGAGGCAGCACUACCCAAGCUCGACCCAGAAGAGUACUGGGCCAACUAUGGCAACGAAGACUCCUCGAUCCGGUGCUUUGAGCUGGAGUGUCCUCCAAACUAUGACAACCCAGCCUUUCCCUCAUCCUCCUCCACUGCCAUCACCCCAUCCCUACUCCACCUCCUUUCCUUCUCCAUAGUCACAGUCUCCCUCCACUUUCUUUUUAGCUGAACUCUUUUCUCUCCACCUCCCCUAUUUUUCCUCUGAUUUCUCCCCCUGCUCUUUCCAACUAUAACAACAACCUGGAUCUUAAUUCCUUUCAGUUGCCUCCUCGACAAGCAGGAGGUGCGAUACUGAUGCAGAAGACAGGUGAGGCAGGAGGGAGCUGUUGGUCAGUUAUGUUGAUGUAGAGCAGGACAACAUUGUAAUGCUGAAAUGUCUGCUGGAUAGUACAGGCUUUUAAAAAAGCAGGGAUCACAUCAUGGAAACUGACAUUGAUAAUGACAGUACGAAGGCAGAAACCUACCAAGUUAGCUGGUGGAGUUUCCAGGUGAUUUUUUCAGUAUCACAGCUGUGAACAACGCAGGCGUUGUAACUACAGCUAUUUUCUAUACCAACUAGUGCUCACCAUCCAAUCACCACUGACAUGGUCCUGCUAUAAUUUAUUCAUCAUCAUGAAUAAAACUGGUGAUCUAUGGAGGAUUAUUUAGCACUAUCUGAAGUAUGAGAAAGAUGAGGAUGAACACAGACAAAGAGAAAUGUGGGAGGAGAAAAUAGUUUUAAAUGUUCACCUAAAGGCACAGAAGGAUGAUGAUUAGAUCUGCAGCCAAGAGUGACAAUUCUCUGCCCUUCAGAUUCAAAAUAUUGUGUGAUCCAAGAGAUGCCAGCAAAUGAUCACCAUCAGCACCUGUACAUACCACAUACAUCACUGUACAUACACCCACUGCACACUGUAUUUUUAGACUAGCUGGAUUUGUACUUUCUUUUAGUACACUUUGGUAAAAAAUGUUUGUGGUGAUAGAGGAGAUGCUUAGACUGUCAAUGGAAGGCAAACAAAUUGUAUGUGGAAAUUCAUUUUUGCCCUUCAUGUUUUCCAUUCUUGUCUCUUCCACUCUCAGACAAUUGAAAAAAUUUUGUUCCACCCUGAAAAGAGAAUCAAAAAAAAUAUCAGAGAUACCCUUCAACAUAAGCAGGGAAAUAGAUGUUCACUAGAAAAAAAACUCAUUGAAGACUGCUCCAGAUUCAGACUUUUUGUGUGUGUGUUUUAGUUUUUGCUGUGUGAGUGCAAGUUACCUAUUGUAGACUAAAAGACCAAAGUCUUGAAGAGACCAGUUCCAUAAUCUCUUAGUAGAACGAGUGCUGUAUGUGUGUGUAACUGGCAGAGUUUAAGAGGCUGUUAGUGUGGAAGUGCAAACUGACACAGAACAGGGUAUAAAGUAACAGAAGAGUUGAGUGCUACACAUCCCUGUGUGUUGUUUAACACCUCAGGUUGUUGUCUAGGAAGUUCCUGUUUCAUUACACAUAGGCCUGCCGUUGGUCUCCAUGUGUUAGUGAGUGUGAAUGUGUCCUAAAACAAUGUCUGUCCUUUUUUCUAAGCAGGAUGAAAAGUCUUUGGUGCACAGCUGGAGUUACAGGUCUCAAAGAUUCACAUCUGUAGAGUUUUAUAAGUUCAUGACAGGUUGCACCAGUUUUAUUAAUCUGUUGUGGAUUUGCUAAAUCCAAGAAUGUGAUCUGAUUUCACUGAUAUAUAUCUAUAUUUUAUUAUAUAUCUAUAUUUUAAGCUCCCACAGAUCAUGACAUUUACACACUGAAACUUCUCACUCAUGUUGAAGCUGCACCUCUCUAUCUCCAGUAUGUGUUUGUAUGUAAUGGUAUGGGUGUUUACUCAGCCAUCUGUUCGACACAAUGCCAAUCCAAUCUAAUUUUGGUCUGCAUUAUUCAUGGCAGCCAUACGCUCCCUGUCAGACCCAUCUGCUAACUCUGAACCUGAAUCAUGACUGUGAGUUUCUGAAAGAUACCGUGACGUUAUUGGAUUCUGUUUCUGUUUUCUUUUUUUUCAAUGGAAAAACUUGUUAGGAAAGUGUUUCUCUUUAUUUGCUAUAAAAAUAAAGAAAUAAUCAAACAAAAGUGA